AUGUGGGGAGUUUCGACGUUUUCAAUGGCGAUGGUGCUACUGAAAUGGCUGCCAUUGAAGCUGGUCGAUAAGUUUCUCCUCCUCGUCGCCAACUUCAAAUUCGGCAACACCGCUAGAUUAGGUCUCCGCCUCCCCAAAUUCGGCCCUCUGGAGCUAAAAAAUGCCACCGAAAAAUCCCCCGUCCUCGACGUUGGCGCCCUCUCUCUCAUCAAAUCCGGUAAAAUUGAGGUCGUGGAAGGAGUGAAGGAGAUAAUGAAAAACGGUGCGAAAUUCUGCGACGGCCAAGAACGGGAUUUCGACUUCAUAAUUCUCGAAACUCCCCACAUUUCAGUAUCACCAUCGCCGCUCUCCCUCUCUCUUCCCGACUCUCUCUUUCUCUCACCUCUCCUAACAGAUCGAAACAAGGGGUCAAGGCCGAAGCGGGUGAGCAUCGCGCACGAGAUGCUGGUGGACCCCAGCCUGCUGAUCCUCGAUGAGCCGACGUCGGGGCUCGACGCCACGGCGGCCUACCGCCCCAUGGCGGCGCUGGGGGGCCUCGCGGCGAGGGGGAAGACGGUGGUGAUGUCAGUGCACCAGCUGUCCAGCCGCGCCUACCAGAUGUUCGACGAUUUAGGAUAUUGA